AUGGCAACGGAAUCUCCCAAGAAGAGUGGUCAGAAUGAAGACGACCUCCGCAAGAGUCUACGUCAAGCACUGCAGUCCUUGAAUCGACGAGAACCAUUGGACCCCAACUACAAACGUUUGAUUCUGAAUGGCACCGUGACGACGCGACGGCCCGUGUUGGUCAAGGACAAGUUUUACCGUCGCGUCGGAUCUCGAUUGCGCGAACGAGUGGAAGGAUUCUUAGCUGUCACCGAAGGAAAGGAUCCCUACGAUCGCAUUGCCCAACGACAACCACUGGAAGAAGAAAAAAUGAGAGCUGCCUUGACGUUGCGCGAAGCCAAGGAACACGAACAAACGGGUCUGUUGGAAGCCACACUGGCGGCCAUUCCCGCCCGCAACGGAAUGGACGAAACCGAGCGCAAGAAACACUUUGAAGGGAUUGCCAUGACACUGCAAGCGGAAAAGAAAAAGACGCAUCAUCAUCAUCAUCAUCAUCAUCGUACUACUAACACAAGUGGAAGCAAAUCCCCCACAUCGGCCGCCGAAAAGACGGAAGCCGCACGACAAAAUGCCGAUUUGGAACGACAGCGAGCACAAGCACGAGCUCGAGAAGCGGCGCGGAGACGACGCGAAGAGGAAGAACGACAACGUGCACAAGAAGAAUUGGCGCGCAAACGAAAGGCCGCCGAAACACCCGAACAGGCGCUUCAUAAACUCUACAGUCCCAUUUUCAAGAAAUUGUGGGACAUGGAAUUUGUCAAUCUCAAUUCCACCAAUCCAUUCCGCAUUGUCAUUGAUCGAGCCAAUUGUGCCGCCAUGGGGGCACCGGAUUAUUUUGAUGUCAUUAAUACUCCGAUGAACUUGACGUACAUUCAACAAAAAGUAAACAAGAUGGAAUACAAAACGUUGAAGGAAUUCUUUGCCGAUGUGGAUUUGAUGGUCAGCAAUGCGGUGCUCUACAACAGUGACCCCCACAAUCCAUACCGUAUUGCUGCGGAAGAAAUGAAGAAACGGUACCUGAAAAUGGCCAAAAAGGUACUCCAAACUCUCCAACAAAAGCAGAAAUGA